AUGGGGCGUAGAACUCUACGAGGGCGCCGCGGUCCUUGCCGACCUCCUCCUCGAAGCUCUUCUCCGACAGAGCGACAACGUCGUCGUCCCCCAUCGCCGGGGUCGCCCAGAGGAGCAGGAAGGCGGCGACCCAGAUCUGCGAUUUCCCCAUCCUACAGCUCGCCGAAGCGUUGA